AUGAAAAACUAAAAAUUUGGAGAUUCGUUAAUUAAAAAACAGCUUCAAGAUAUUGAAUAAUAUGGAGCUUUUACUACACAUUUGCAGGAAGGAUAAUAACAAAAAUGGCAGAUCUAUAAGAAUUUAUAUAUUCCGAAAACUGAAAUGUAAAUAAAAUACAAAUCAAAAGAUCUUUUAGAAAAAUAUAGCAUCAUACUUAACGAAGACACAAAUAAGAGGAUCAGAGCUAAAAAAUGGAAAUAUUUCAGGCUAAAUAAGAGAUAUAUUAACUUUAAAAAUGGGAUUUAUACUUUGUUUUAUGAUAUACCUUUUCAAUUACUCAACUGUCUGAUAGGAGUCCAUGUGACUAUCAAGAAAAAAUUAGGAUUAGAUGAAUAUCUAGACAGCAAUUUUAUUGAUAUUUAACCUGAAAUAAAUUAUUUGAAAAGAUUAAACAUAUUCAAUUAAAAAGAUAUCUAAGAUUAAUUAUUGAAUUGUCCUAUUAUUGAUUUGAUCAGCGAAAUAGUCAGAUAGCUAAAGUGGACUGAAUUUUUAUUUUCAUACAAAAAAAAUUUAGAUCUGUACAUUUACAUUGAAGUUUUGAAAAAUGUCUUCAGUCCAAAUGUAUUAAAACUCAACAAUUAAGAUUAUUAAAGAGUUUUUGAAAAAGUUUUAGGAAUUUUUAUCAUAAAUUCAUUCAAAGAAAAGAUAAAAUCUAGCCAAAGUACUUGCAUAGAGUUAUUUAAUGAUUGCUUAUCUUUCCUUAAUUAUUAUAAACUAGAGUCAUUUUAGAAAAAACUAUUAAAAAUACAAUACAAGUUUGAAAGUAUUAGUAUAAGAAAGGCCUAUAAAGAUUUACCAGUAGACAGUUUCUUAGCAUAGAGGUAAAAAUACUUUUGGAAAAUAGAGUAGAAUUGGAUAAAUAAUACAGUGAUUUCUUCCAUAAAUACUUUAAUGGAAAAUGUAAUUUAUGGAAAUUUUGGUAUUAAAGUUGUAUUUUGUAAAAAAAAUUCUGAAGGCAAAAAUUUAAGAACUCUAUAUGAAAAUUUCUAGGAUAUUAAAUAAACUGUGAGAUAAAGAAUUUAAAAAAAGCUAUUAUAAAGUUUAUAAGUAGAAUAAGUUGACGAUGAUGAAGAAAUAUUUGGAGAAUGCUGUUUUAGUAUAUGGCAUAAUAUAUACUAAUAUUAUAUUAAGAAUAUUUGGAAUUUUCCUAAUACUACUCUAGUCAUUACUCUUAAUAAUAAUUUCCCUUGA